GGCGCCAGAGGAAUCGGUAGCAGGAGCAGCGGGAGCAAGUGACUGGGGACAGGUCUGGGAACAGGAUGCUGAACUCUUGCUCCCUUCGGGUGCUGCUGCUGCUGUCGCUGUGGGGACUGCCGCUGCGGAGGGCGGAGACAGACUUUGGGGGACAAACAGCGGGGGAGUUGUACCAGCGCUGGGAGCGGUACCGCUGGGAGUGCCAGAAGACCCUGGAUGACGCGAAGCCGCCCUCAGGCCUCGCCUGCAACGGGUCCUUCGAUAUGUACGUCUGCUGGGACUACGCUGCCCCCAACGCCACUGCCCGUGCGUCGUGCCCCUGGUACCUGCCCUGGCACUGGCAAGUGGCUGCAGGCUUCGUCCUCCGGUGGUGUGGCAGUGAUGGACAGUGGGGACCGUGGAGAGACCACACUCAGUGUGAGAAUCCAGAAAAGCAUGGGGUGUUUCAGGACCAGAGACUGAUUUUGGAGCGGCUACGGGUCGUGUACACCAUCGGCUACUCCCUGUCCUUUGCCACUCUGCUAAUAGCCCUGCUCAUCUUGAGUUUCUUCAGGCGGCUCCGCUGCACUCGGAAUUACAUUCACAUCAACCUGUUCACGUCCUUCAUGAUGCGCGCGGCCGCCAUCCUCACCCGCGACCGCCUCCUGCCGCCUCCUCGGCCCUACCCGGGGGAUCAGACCCAAACCCGGUGGAACAAGGCCCUGGCCGCCUGCCGCACGGCCCAGAUCCUGACCCAGUACUGCGUGGGUGCCAACUACACGUGGCUGCUGGUGGAGGGCGUGUACCUGCACCGGCUCCUGGUGCUCGUGGGCGGCUGGGAGGAGGGCCAUUUCCGCGGCUACCUGCUCCUCGGCUGGGGGGCCCCCGCGCUUUUCGUCAUUCCCUGGGUGAUCGUCAGGUACCUGUACGAGAACACGCAGUGCUGGGAGAGGAACGACGUCAAGGCCAUCUGGUGGAUCAUACGCACUCCCAUCCUCAUAACCAUCUUGAUUAAUUUCCUCAUCUUCAUGCGCAUUCUUGGCAUCCUUGUGUCCAAGCUGAGGACACGGCAGAUGCGCUGUCCGGACUAUCGGCUGAGGCUGGCUCGCUCCACGCUCACGCUGGUGCCUCUGCUGGGGGUGCACGAGGUGGUGUUCGCUCCGGUGACCGAGGAACAGGCCCGGGGCGCCCUGCGCUUGGCCAAGCUGGGUUUUGAGAUCUUCCUCAGCUCCUUCCAGGGCUUCCUGGUCAGCGUCCUCUACUGCUUCGUCAACAAGGAGGUGCAGACGGAGAUCCGCCGGGGUUGGGACCACUGUCAGCUGCGCCACAGCCUCGGUGACGCGCACCGCCAGCGCCCAGAGCGCGUUUCCAGGGGUUCUAACCCCGCCGAUGACCCCAUCCACCACGCCUUGUCCUCGAAGUCGCUUCCAGGGCCUGGAGAUGAGGUCUUGGAGAGUUACUGCUAGGUAACAGGAAGGCUGCGUCUGUUCAGUAUUGAGGGCCGGCUGUGUACCAGAAUCGAUGUGGGAGACGCUGGGGAAAUGGGAGCGAAGGAAACAAGACAAAGUCCUUGCCCUCCUGGAGAUGACAGUGGUGCAGGGGAAAGUGACCAUGAACACAUCAAGUUAUGCGCGUUCUGUGCAGAGGUCAUGAAAAUCUAGGGGCCUGAGGGGCCUGGAAGGCCGUCUCUGAGGAGGAGACAUCAAAGCCAUGCCUGAGAGAGGUGGGGACAAGAUCCUAGGCAGAAGGCAAGGCGCGUGAGGAGGCCUUGGGGCGGGAAGGUGCCUGUCCGUGGGGUUGGUGUCGAGUGGGGGAAGGAGGAACCCACAGGAGGAAGAGGAGUGGGCCGGGGAGCGGUGUGGCAGCUUGCUGGGGCGCCCCGCGGGCAGCCUUUCCCACGGGGAUUAUCAGGAGGGGACUGCGGGACCAUGGUGGCUGCCAAGAUGAAGCGGGGCGAGGAGCUGUUUCCAAGGCUCUGAGUGACUUCGUGAGGAAAGCACAGCAGAGACAGGGCAGGAGCACCAUUUAGAGUGCACAGGAAAGUGAGGAGCCUGGGUCAGGGCCAGGGCAGAAUGAGUGCUUCUGGCACGUGUGAGGCUGGCAUCACCUGUGGGGUACUCCGGGGAGUGGAUGAGGUGAACCCCGACACAUGAGGGGCCUGGGAUGCAGAGGGCUCAGAGUGCAGAUAGGCGGGCCUCAGAGAUGAAACCUCCUGAGCACCCAGGACUGCUGCUGGCUGGGGAAGGUUGCAGCCCUACCCUCCGGAGCCCAGAUCCCUGGGAAGAGCGGGGAGCCCAAGGCUCAUCCUGGAUGGACUUCCGGUCCACAUGGGAGACCCCACUCCUGAACCCCCACACAUAGACACACUCAGCAUCCUGGGGUCUCCAGCUCCCAGGACGGAUGUGCCCCACAGCUGACCUUGGAGCCUCUCACGCUUACGCCUCUGCUGUGCCCCACACUGCACCCCCUUGCGUUUGGGUGGGGUGGGGCCUAGGGCUAGGGUGGAGGCACUGCUGCUUUUUAAAUUUCUGGGGUGGGAGAAUCUCCGCGGCCAGGCCAUAAAGGGAUACAGGUGGGCU